AUGCAUACUUACUUCGCAUUUCUUUUGCUCGUUCUCGCCCCACCAAUCUCGCUGGGAAGCUUUGAUGUCAGUGAUGAUUUUAUUUAUUCUUUAGUGUGGCAAACGAAAUCGAAUACAAAGUUAGAUGAUACUUCUCCUUUGCUUAUAAAAACUCCUAACAAUGAGACUUACAUAUGCCACCUCCCAACUGUGACUAAAAAUAAACAUAUCUCACUUUCUCCGGAUUCUGAUAACCAUCCUCAUUUAAUACUCGCUGACUUCUUUGAAACCAAUCCAUGCCUUUAUAAAGUCGAAGGAUACUGGACCUAUGAGUUGUGCCAUGGUAAACACAUUCGUCAAUUUCGUGCCGAGGGUUCUGGCCCGAAAACUACUCGCAUCAUCAAAGAGUUCUAUCUUGGUCGCGCAUCUGAACCCAAAACGCAAUUAAGUGAAAAGGAGAAUGAAUCCGGGGAGGAGGAGACGGCGGAGAAACAUGAGAAUUUAGAGAAUUCUGAACCGAAGUCUAUUCAUAUCAAUGGUCGGGACUUCGCCUAUUAUCAAGUCGAAUAUGUGGAUGGAACAGGGUGCGAUUUGACAGGGCUUCCACGCAAAGCUAUCGUAGCGUAUGUUUGUCUUGAGGAAUCCGAUGGUGAACUCUUCCAGAUAAGUGAGCUAGAGACAUGUGUCUACCAGCUCAUUGUUUUUACUCGACAUCUCUGUUCAUCUCCUCGGUAUAAUUCCCACAAGUUGCAUUCGAAUCCCAUCACCUGCGUACCAGAGGACAAGGACACACCUCUUAGACCAGUAGCUUUUGAUGCCCUGGAGAAAGAAAAGGAGGAGAUGAUAUCACUGGGCGAAAAUGAACACUUGGAGGGAAUUUUUGGUGCUUUACGAGUGAAAGGUCUGAAGGUAUGUCAAAUUUCUUCCUUAUUAGCAGUUAUCAAACACCUAAUGUGUUGGUCUAUAUAUUUUAAUUUACUUAAAUUGAAUGUUAGGCUUUAUUUUUUUCAAUGA